UGCCACGUGUACAAAUUCACCUACGAUUGGAGAUUUCUUCCUUCUCCUUUCGUCUAUCUUCUCAGCUCUGCCCAAGGUACAUAACACGAUACUGCUUCUUCGACCCCAAACCUGAAUCUCUAGCGCAACAAGUAUCGACGAGACGUCAGAAUUCAGACGCCAUAGCCAAUGUUACAGUAGCGGAUGAUUGAAGCAUCCAGAGUUGAGCUAUUAUUAUCCCUGGUAAUAAUAGCAUUUCUUGCUUAUGCAAUUACGCCCUCUUACGGAGAAUCCUCCACAUGCUUGACGGUUUACAAAGAGGGCGGUGCUCCGGCGGUUUUUCGAUCCCCCAAAUGCCCCCGAUGGAACCUCUCAAAGCCUCCUCUCGAUUCACGGACCACCACCGCCCGUUGCCAAUCUGCCACUCUUCAGGGUCGCCGAAACUCCCAGGAGGAUCGUACUCUCUGUGCCCUCGAUAUUCGCAUCCCCUUCCCCGUUGGAGCAGGUAAGAUUGGGGUUAAGGAGGUUGUAGUGGGCAUUGUUGCGGUUUUUGAUGGCCAUAAUGGCGCUGAUGCCAGUGACAUGGCUUCCAAGCUUUUGUUGGAGUAUUUCGUUUUGCAUACGUAUUUCCUUCUGGAUGCAACGUUUUCGAAGAAAUCUGCCGGAAGGUUUCUGGAUAAGAGAGAAUAUGAUGUUUUUCGAGUGCUUAACUGGGAUGAAAGAACUACUAGGUUUAAGUAUUCAUGGCCUGCGGAUCUUGAUGAUUCUCUUCACUUAGAAAUUUUGAAGGAAGCAUUGCUGAGGGCAAUCCAUGACAUUGAUGUGACCUUUUCUAAGGAGGCGUCUAGAAGGAAUCUUGAUUCUGGUUCUACAGCCACAGUCAUACUAAUAGCAGAUGGUCAAAUUUUAGUUGCCAACAUUGGAGAUUCAAAGGCAUUUCUCUGCUCUGAGAAAUUCCAGUCUCCUGAAGAGGCUAAAGGUUUGAAGUCUGAUGGUUUAAUUCUCUGUUUUUAUGCGUGUUCAUAUUCUUUGAGUGCAAAUUUUGAUUACACGCCAUUCUUUUACUUGUCAUUUGAUCAAAAACAUAGUAAAGGGUUUUUAAAUGAUGGUGGUUGGAUUGCAGCGACUCUAAUAAGGCUAUACAGGGAGAAACGACGCAAUGGUGCUAUUUCCCGUGCAACAGAUAAUGACAACUUCAAAGCAGCUUCCUCCAAUGGACUGGUGCAUUUUUAUGUCAAGGAAUUGACCAGAGAUCAUCAUCCAGAUAGAGAUGAUGAAAGGAUGCGGGUGGAAACUGCUGGUGGGUAUGUUUUGGAGUUGGGUGGUGUACCCCGAGUAAAUGGUCAGUUGGCUAUUUCCCGAGCAAUUGGCGAUGUGUCAUUUAAAAGUUUUGGUGUUAUAUCUGCACCAGAGGUCACAGAUUGGCAACCUCUGACCAUGAAUGAUAGCUAUCUUGUGGCUGCAUCUGAUGGCAUUUUUGAGAAGUUGAGCGUGCAGGAUGUUUGUGAUUUGUUGGGGGAAGUGCAGAGUCAUGGUUCCUUGAGAUCAGAACUUUCUGCUUCAUGCUUGUACUCAUUAGCUGAUUGUAUAGUUAACACGGCCUUUGAAAAGGGCAGUAUGGAUAAUGGAGCAGCUGUUGUGGUUCGUUUAGGAUCCUUGGGUUUUUCUGAAGAUUUACUGAAUGAAAGGUGUGUUGGAGAGGGAGACACAGAUUUCACAGCAACAGGAGUUGUAAAGUUCAGUUAUAAACGCUCAGCUGAUGGCACCACUUCUGACCUAGUGGAAUUGGACCAUACGCAUCCAGUUGUGGCCAAGUUUGAAAGAUUAUUGGUCAAGAGGAAAAAUUGCAAUUUUGGCUGUUUUCAUUUAUUUGAGAACCUUGAUGAACAUAUGGAUUACCCAUUGCAAGCUGGAAAGGAGGACCAGACAGACUAUAUGUAUGACCUACCUCAGGCUCUACCUGAUGCCCUUGAUCAACAGUGUGGUGGACCUUUAGAUUUGCAUAAUGACCAGAGUUUGUGCUUCUACCUUGGUAUGACUGUUGAUGGAGCUAAAAAUCAGUGCAUAAAUCCUGAAGGCUUUGCUAGUUUUCUUGGUCUGCUUCAGUCGAUUCCACUCCAUGACACUGGUUCAAAUUAUGGAUCAUUUGAGUAUGCAAUGCCGGACUUGAGGUACAAACUAAAGAAGAGGUUUGGUCGGGGAUCAUAUGGUGAAGUAUGGUUGGCUUUUCAUUGGGAUUGUUGUCAAGAAAACAAUGGUUCAAACUGUUAUGGAAAGAAUAAUUAUAUCUCACCUAAUUCUUUUCAUUUUAACUCAAACCAUAGUUCAUCUGCCCAUAGUCAGGCUGAUCCUGCUGAUGAGAACUUGUUCAUUUUGAAACGUAUAAUGGUGGAGAGGGGAGCUGCCGUUUACUUAAGUGGUCUACGGGAGAAGCAUUUUGGUGAAGUUUUCUUAAAUGCAUCUAAGUGCCUUGGAGGCUUGCUAUCAGCUGGAACUUCAAAUACUGUUGUGGAUGAAUCUUAUCUGGGAAUAUCUGACCCAUUAGAGACAAAUGAUACAGUGGUCCAGGAAAACACUUGGAGUUUUGAAAAUGUAUUUCUCAACAAAUUUAGAACUCAAAGAGUGACAUAUGAAGAAGGUCUGAACCAUAUUGCAAGAUAUGUAGAGUCUUUUGAAUCUCAAUCUAAUGAAAUAUGGCUUGUAUUUCGCCAUGAAGGUGUGUCCUUGUCGAAGCUUAUGUAUACCGUGGAAGAUGUAGAUAAUAAUGCUGAUGAAGGAGUUAAACGUGUAAAACACGUUCAGAUAUUGCGUCCCUCAAAAUGGUGGCAUUGGUUGAAGACUACAGAAGCAGGACAAGAAGAAAUGCGCAAUCUUAUAUGGCAGUUGUUGUUGGGGAUCAAGUCCUGUCAUGAUCGUAAUAUCACCCACAGGGAUAUCAAACCCGAGAACAUGGUCAUAUGUUUUGAAGAUCAAGACACAGGGAGAUGCCUAAAAGAAAGACCAACUGGAGAUAAGAAUGUCACCACCAAAAUGCGCAUUAUUGACUUUGGUAGUGCGAUAGAUGAUUUUACAAUGAAGCAUUUAUAUGGUUCCACUGGACCUUCUAGAGCUGAACAAACUUACGAGUAUGCACCACCUGAAGCUUUUCUCAAUGCAAGUUUCUAUCAUGGGCCAAUAAGUACAACUUUGAAGUAUGAUAUGUGGAGCAUUGGUGUUGUGAUGUUAGAGUUAAUUCUAGGAUCACCAAAUGUUUUUCAGAUAAGUGCUUUAACACGUGCUCUUUUAGACCAGCAUCUUAAGGGUUGGAACGAAGGCCUGAAAGAGCUCGCAUAUAAACUUAGAUCAUUCAUGGAAUUGUGUAUCUUAAUCUCUGGGAGUUCCCCAAAACAUCAGCACCCAAUGGACCGAGAUGGACUUUCACCAGCCUCCUGGAAAUGCUCUGAAGAAUUUUUUUCCAAUCAGAUAAAGAGUAGAGAUCCUCUGAAACUAGGGUUUCCCAAUGUAUCAGCUUUGCGAUUAGUCCGCCAUCUAUUAGUUUGGGACCCGGAGGAUAGAUUUAGUGUUGAUGAGGCUUUAAGGCAUCCUUAUUUCCAACCUCCUCCCGAGCGAUAAGUUGUUCGCAAAGUUCGUUAAUUAAUUUACUGGUGAUUUCUUUCCACAACGAGGUUUCAUCUUGUCAUUAAUCGGGAAAGGAAUUUGGAAGUCAGAAUUGCAAAGCCUCGCAGAAACCAUUUCAGGAAAUUUUAACUGAUCCAAACACACGAAUACAUGGGGAAAUUGUAGCAAUAUCUUCAUUUUCAUUUGCCUGGUCAAUGAUCUACAUUAUUGCACCAGCCAAUACAUACAAGCAAAAAGCAACUGAUCAAAGAUCUACAAUGGUUCUCUCUCUCGCUCUCUCUCUCUCUCGCAUUUGGACUGAGGGAGGGAGCGAGGGGUGGGUUUACUAAAUAAGCCCACCAGGGGCCGAAUUGAGUCUUCACCCUUCCAAUGUGAUUUACUAAAAGAAAAUGAUAGUUUGCCUCUUGAUUUUACCUAGAGGUGGCAGUACAUGACAUGAGUUAUAAACUCAACACGAAAUACGAACACGAUAAGAAAUUAACGGGUUUAGGAUUUGACGUUACAUCUCCGAAUUUGAUCCAUUAAGACAUGAUCUAUAAACAAAUCAAUCCACUUGACCCAAAUCAACAUUUUUCGACCCGUUUAGAAUUUAUUUAAAAAUUGUAAUUUUAUUAUUAUUGAGUUGAAAUAUUGGUAUUUUUCAGUA